UUACCAUUUUUUACGCCUCUCUGCUCUUCUACGUCGCCUGCAUGCUUCAGAGACAACAAACGUAGCGUACAGGGGCGACAUGACUCUGACCAGGGGCUCUUUCACCUACGCCACUGGGGAGGAGUACCAUGGCGAGUGGAAAGAAGGUCGGAGGCAUGGCGUCGGCCAGCUCAAGUUCCAAGACGGAACGUGUUACGCCGGACAGUUUGAGGACGGACUCUUCCACGGUGCCGGCGUCCUUCUCUUCACGGACGGCUCCAGGUACGAGGGCGAGUUUGCAUACGGGAAGUUUCAAGGCGCGGGAGUCUUCGGUCGAUCCGACGGCAUGAAGUUCGAGGGCGAAUUCAAAGGCGGACGCGUGGAGGGAUACGGACUGUUGACGUUCCCGCACGGAACUCACGGUGUUCCACGCAAUGAAGGCUUGUUCCAAAACCACAAGCUGCAGAGGAGAGAAAAGUGUCCUGGGGUGGUGCAGAGGGCGCAGGCGUCGGCCGCCAACGCCCGCAGGGUGGCUCUUUGACUCUUUCUGACCUUUACAACUAUGUCUUUGUUCUUGAUCCUCAAAGGGAUGCCUCAGGGAGGUGUACUCCUCCCCCUCGUGCUCCCCUUUCCUUCAACUUACUUCUUUUCACCAAACACUCCAUUUUCCAAAUGCACAAAACCACAUAGCACACCGGUGUGUUCUUAAGAAUCUUGCCACCGCUAACAGCGUCUUAGGAGUACAAGGACCAUGCUAAAAACAAAGUCAAUUGUACGACCACUACUACUACUUUUUUACAAAAACAUACGAGUAUGAAGUCGUAAUUAACAAAACAAAAUGAUAAUUUUACAAGAAUGAAACCACAAUUUUACCUGAAAUGUUUAUUUGAACAAAGCAGGGGUCCCCAAACUACGGCCCGCCAUUGUCCAAAAUCCGGCCCACGGGAAGUCCCAAGUUAAAAAAAUAAAUAAAUGAAUAU